CGGUUUUGACCUGAUUGUUUCUUUCAAAGAAGCGACGCUGUCCUACUGUCAACGGAAGAAUAGGUCAAAACUUGGCUAGGCAAAGGUCGUCAUGCAGCUAUCGACAUGAACAGCAAGGCAUGAAACCCUGAUCCACAAGCAGACGAUAUGAAGGAUAUAUGAAAACUACUGUAAAUUCAGGUCUGGUCUGGGAGAGAGCAAGCUGUCAGAGAUGCCCCUGGAAGUGAGAUGGCCUUUCCCACAGCGCCCCUGUCUGCCCCGGAGGAUCGCCAGCACCGUGAUCACGGGCCUGGUGGGCUCCUACAGCCACUUCUGGACCAAAUACAUGAACUAUCUUACUGUCUAUAACCAGGAUGUCCUAUAUGAGCUGAUUGACAAGCGGCCCAAGGACACACCACUCAUAACCCUGUGUAACCACCAGUCCUGCAUGGACGAACCACACCUCUGGGGUAUCUUGAAGCUGAGGCAUCUUUGGAACUUCAGCAAAAUGAGAUGGGCGCUGGCAGCUGCCGAUAUAUGUUUCACAAACGAGGCCCAUUCGAGGUUUUUCAGCUUGGGGAAAUGUGUACCGAUCUGCAGAGGUGACGGUGUUUAUCAGAAGGGCAUGGAUUUUAUUUUGGAGAAGCUCAACAGAGGAGAAUGGAUACAUAUUUUUCCAGAAGGAAAGGUGAACAUGACUGAGGAGUUUAUCAGACUGAAAUGGGGCAUUGGACGUCUCAUUGCAGAGUGUAAUUUUAAUCCGGUAAUUCUGCCCCUUUGGCAUGUUGGCAUGGACGACGUCCUUCCUAAUGAGCCUCCAUACAUUCCACGAUACGGGCAGAGAAUAACCGUUUUAGUCGGAAGACCUUUCACUUUAAAGCAUCUUGUGGAAUCGCUGAAGUCUGAGAACAAAACGCCAACGGAGAUGCGGAAGGCAGUGACGGAUUUUGUUCAGCAGGAGUUCCGCAGUCUGAAAACUCAAGCCGAGGCCCUUCACCAACGCUUCCAGACUACUGGCCAAUAACAGGAGCCGGGCCUAUGUGUGUGAGUGAGUGUGAGCGAGUGUGAGUAGAAGUCUGUCUGGCAUCGGUGACAGCACUUCUUGAAAAAGAGGAAGUACUCUACAUCUUUAAAGUAAUUGUAGCUCUCAAAAUAAUUCUGUAAAUCUCACCCCUUAUGCACAUUCAUUAGCUACAUAGGCCUUGCAUUUUGAAGAAAUACAUUUAUUUUAUAGCAGAACGCUGGUACAGUACUACGCUAGGUUUAAAGAAAGCUAAAGUCUGUUACUGCUUUACCUCCUUGGUCAUUUCAGCCCAGCUCAUAGCAUAUGACUGACUGAAAGCGAAAGCAGCGUGUUGUGUAUUUACAGGAAAGAAUCCAGUAAAAGGGAGGGGACAAAUUCACCCUCUGGGUGACCCAGGAAGUGUAAGACAGUCUAAAAGCAUGGCUUGCAAACAGAUUUCUAUAACCUUUGGAGAAUACCAGGUACCAGGUUUAAAAUAAAAAUACAUGAUUGCCAAAAUGUGUUUCUUAUGUGUUUUCAGAACUGCACAUUUGAUACCUAUAUAAUGAAUGGCUGUGCAUGGUGGGGAACAUCAAUGGAAUAUUUUGUUAGUUAAAAUCACUUCAGAGUUUAAAUUUAGUAGUGUGAUUGUCACCCGAUUUGCGUAUGUUAUGCUUUUUCCUAUACCUACAGACCUGCUCGUCCAACCAGGAUGAAACUUCCUAAGGACCUUCUGUGGAGGCUGCCACGCUUGCAUUUUUACAAAUGCCUAGUUAACGAAACGCCAACAGGGCAUUCUUUUUUAAAGAGUGUCGAUUUGUAGCUGGCUGUGCAUCGUUCUGUCACUCCUGUGUUUUUACUUGUAGAUGUUUUUAUUCUGCUGUGAUGAUAGAGCUCAAGUUAUGGAGGGUUGCGGGAUCUGGGGUGAUAUAGAGGUACUGGGGUGCGCUUCCUCAUGCUAGCGAUAGCUGUAGCUCUCUUGUGACACUUGGGGCUGUGUGUUACUACAGGGACUGGGAUAUAAUGAACCCAGUUUGAGUGGAGCUUGUGCUGGACAAAACCACCAGCGCUUGAACAGUAGCACUUAUAGAAACCUACUUCAUUUUAGCUUGUUAAAAGUAUUAUGUUUCCAAUUUUUAUGAUUUAUUAAAACCAGGACCAGACAUAGCCUAUUUGCCAGCAGACCCAGCACAUAUAGUAGAUUAUUUGAGACCGGCGUUUAUAUUAGAUCACUAGCUUCACAUGCU